AUGAAUGUAGUUGUGGAUAAUUAUGAAUAUACUCAACUUAAAUCCGAUAUAGAAAAUAUAUUUGAAGGUAUAAAAAAUUUAUUAUUAAAAGAUUUAGAAAAUCCAAAUGAGUAUUGGAUUAAUUUUGAUUUGGAAUUUACAAAAAAAGUUUCUGAUGAUGAAUAUAACUUUCCACAAGCUAAUGAAAAUUUUAAUAAAAUGAUUAAUGAAAAAAACAAAAAAAUAAAGAAGCAUGAAAAGAAAAAUAAAAUAAGGUGCAAGAAAAGUGCGAAAAAUGGAAAAAGAAAACCAUCAGAAGGUAAAAAAGUAUUGAAGAAUAAAAACAUUACAUCUACAGAUGACUCAGAUUCAUUAAAAAAUUUUGAAGUUUCUGAAACGUCAUUAGACGACUCUCUGGAUUUACUUGUUUCAGGAAAAUAUGAUAAAUCAAAGAAAAGUAUGUAUGUUUAUAAAACAGAAAAUGCAAUUUCCAGAAAAAAAGUUAGAAGCAAGAAUAAUUCUCCAAAAAGAAGUAGAAUAAUAAAAACCCGUAAGUCAAAGAAAAAAAAUUACUUUCCGAUACCUGACGAUGAUGUUGAUAAUGAUAAAGCUUUAUCAAAAGUUUUAAAACAAAAUUUACCAAACAAAGGUGCAGGAAUUUAUGGAACAAAAAACUAUGACUACAAUGAAACUACAUUAGAAGCAGAUAUAGAUGUUGAUCACAUAAAAAUUAAAAAAAUAGAAUCUUCAUGUAAUGUUUCAAAUUCAAAAAUAGAUCCUAACUUAUUAUCAUCCAACAAUAAUGCAUUAAAUUUUCAUAGAAGUGAAACACUAAAAUUUUUAAGAGAAGCUUGCUUUAAUUCAAAAGUUCUACUUUUUAGACCUAAAAAUUUGUUAACUAAGAAUAAAUAA